UUAAUCAAUGGCCCGACAAAGUAAUGUUAUUAAUAUCACACAAAUGGAAAUGUUUUGGUAAAUCCACAACACGAUUUGUUAUGGUAAAAGAUAAAAUUGUUGAUGCCUCGAAUAAAAAAGUCACUCUAACUACUGAAAGAUGUAAUAUACAAGAAUGGUCCCAAGAAUUUCUUUUUGAUGUUUCAUGGGUAAAUGAAAAUCCAGAAAAGCUUAAUAGAAGGAUCGACCUCCCGGAAAUUAACCGAACAAAUACAUUAGAUUUGAACGUUUUGUUUGAUGAAGCAACAGGGAAAUCAUCAAAUCCAGAUAUUCUAUUUACAGAUAUCGCGGGUGCCAAAAUACUUUGCUCAAAUUGUUUUAUGGAUGGUGAAGCUACAGUUUCAUUGAGAGUUGCUGGCGAAUUUGUUGGCUCUGAGAUUAAAUUAACCGAUGCUACGUUUGCACUUGAUGGAAAUGUUAAAUUAAACGUGGAUAUUUCCCUUGUCG